GAUCGUACCUUUUUUUUUUUUUAGGAAGGAGGGAGAGAAAGCUUGGCACCAUUGGGUCAAUAAGUGGGGAUCGUGACUAUGACUUUUUUUUAAAUUUAGUUUUUGUUUUUCCGUGGUAGGGUCUCACUCUAGCCCAGGCUGACCUGGAAUUCACUAUGUAGUCUCAGGCUGGCCUCACACUCACGGUGAUCCUCCUACCUCUGCUGAGUGCUGGUAUUAAAGGCAUGCGCCACCACGCCCGACGUUGCUAUGACUUUUUGUUAUGGGUCUGUACAAACUCCUGCAUCAGGCUUCCUCGGGAGACAUCCACGAAUGUCCCAAGAAAUGCAGUCGGGUGGAGUGUCGGAGUUGAAAGACCUGGGGAGUGUCGGACUCCCUGGUGGUAUGUGAGGUGGAUCCAGAGCUAAAGGAAAAGCUGAGGCAAUUCCGCUUCCGAAAAGAGACCGACAAUGCAGCCAUCAUAAUGAAGGUAGACAAAGAUCGGCAGAUGGUGGUGCUGGAAGAAGAAUUUCAGAAUAUCUCCCCAGAGGAACUCAAGUCGGAGUUGCCUGAGAGACAGCCCAGGUUCGUGGUCUACAGCUACAAGUAUGUGCAUGCGGACGGCAGGGUGUCCUAUCCUUUAUGCUUCAUCUUCUCCAGCCCCGUGGGCUGCAAACCUGAGCAACAGAUGAUGUACGCAGGGAGUAAAAACAGGCUGGUGCAAACAGCAGAGCUCACAAAGGUGUUUGAAAUCCGAACCACUGAAGACCUCACUGAGGCCUGGCUCCAAGAGAAGUUAUCUUUCUUUCGUUGACUUCUGAGCCAGGGAGUCAAGCUCCUGAUGUAUGAGCCCCGAGUAGACUGAAGACUCGGACUACUAGGAUCAGAACAUUCAAGAGCUAAAUAAAAUUUAAAACUACCAGAA